AGAUGUAACAACGACGAGAGCGCCACUUAACAUGUAGAAACCGAACUAAACUGUAUUAUGCCGAGAAGCGGGAGGUUGAAUGUGUAUAAAUUGACAGACGCAUAACACGUUUGUUCUCUUUCAAUCGUCGCCGUUGACAUUUGUGAUUUCCUUUAGCAGUAAUUAAGUUAAAAUGGGUAUCAAAUCAAGCAAACAAAAGUCAGCUGACAUUACCGGUUCCCCCAGCGAUAAGAAAGCCAAGAAAAGAGGCAAGAAAGAAUCGAUUAAUGGCGAUGCAGGCACAGAAGUAUCCAAUCAAGAAAACGUAGAAUCUGUCGAAAAAUCAGCUGAAGUAGAAAGCGAGAAGAAAACGGAGGAAGAUGUAACGUCUCGAAAUACUCAGGCGGAACCUACUAACGUAGACGAAGACUCUGCAACAGGAAGUGGAGGUGUAACGGCUCCAGCUUCUCCGGAUACUCUUCAAGGUGUUUCUGAAGAAACAAAACUAAAACAAGAAGAAGAAUUAACUACAGAAAAGUUAGAAAGUAAACAAUCUGAUGAAACGCCAAAAGAUUCUGAUGUUCCAGUCCAAGAAACGGAUAGCAAUAAGGAAGAAUCUAAACAGGAAGAACCCGAAGAGAAGGCGAGCAGCGAGACGCCUGAAAAACAGGAACAAACCAAUGGCAUACCCACAACAUUCAAAUGGGAGAAAGGAGGAAAAGAAGUGUCAAUCAUAGGGUCUUUCAGCGGAUGGAAGGAUUUGCUGCCUUUAAUUGAAAAGGAGGGAGUAUUUGUGGUAACAUCGAAUCUUUCUGCUGGCGAUUACUACUAUAAAUAUCAGGUUGAUGGCGAAUGGGCUGUUGAUCAAGAUCAGCCCACAACCGAAUUGGAAGACCAAGGCACUGUAAACAUCUUAACUGUAUCUGCGAAAGAAUAAAUUCGUGCCUUCAGGUUUUUAAAAUCUUGAUUUAUCAUUUCUAAAGUUAACCAACGAUUGUGUCCAUCUGUCUACAUUCAUCCACAUGUAUCGGCAUUCCUGCACAUGUUUUUGUGAACAACCUGUGAGGCAGGUGAAAGUAUCCACCAGGUUUUUUUUUUCCUUGGAAGAUUGUCAUCCCUGCCAUGUUGGUGUGCUGUGAUUUUUGUGAGGUGCUGCUGAGUGACUUUAAAUUCCAUAUACGUAUUUCGAAAUACAACUUAGAUUUUUAUAUCUGCCAUCUUCUUCAACUUCACGUUGAGAAGUUUUUCUACUGUUUUUUGGAAUACUUUUGGUGCUUGCCAUUUUGGCAGUUUUUUGUAAAAUUUUUUUUGUUUUGGUGACUUACUAUUUUUUUGAGAACUUUGUUCUAACUGCCAAUUUCUCGUGCCAUUAGUCUAAAAUUUUAACGUGCGGUGAUCUUUUUGAUAUUUAACAGGAGUUUUAAGUUUAACCAUAUUUUACAUGUAUAGGAUUUUUCGAAAAAUUCAAAAGCUUGUAACAAUUUAUACAUAAUAAUUAAUAAAAAAAUUUCAUACUUCUGUUAA